AUGCUAAGAAGUUCUUAUAAUAAUGAAAAGGCAAGUUGUGUUAAUAUAAAAGUUAUAGUGAGAUGCAGACCUUUAAAUGAAAAAGAAAAAAAUGAUAUAAAUAAUGAAGAAGUAGUUAAAAUAAAUAAUAAUGAAGUUAUAGUAACAGUUAAUAGAAAUAAUGAAAUUUAUGAAAAAAAAUAUAGUUUUGAUUAUGCUUGUGAUAAGAAUGUAGACCAGAAAAUGUUAUUUAACAAUUAUAUUUUUCAAAUAGUUGAUGAAGUUUUGGAAGGAUUUAAUUGUACAUUAUUUUGCUAUGGGCAAACAGGCACAGGAAAAACAUAUACAAUGGAAGGAAAAAUAUUAGAACUUUUGAAAAAUUCUGAUAAUAAAAAAUUAGAUUUAAAUGAUAGUAUAAAUAGUGAUAUAAAUUGCUAUUAUGAAUUAUGUGAAAAUGAUGAUACUGGUAUUAUUUUUAGAGUUACUAAAAGAAUAUUUGAAAUAUUAAGUAAACGAAAAGAAGAAAAAAGUAAAAAAUUUGAAGAAAAAAAUAAUAAUAUAAAGAAUAUAGAAAUUAUGAAUAGAGAGGAAACAUUUAUGGAAGUAAAUAAAUCAGAAAAUAAAGAUUCGAAUAGUAUUGAUAUAUAUAAUAUAGAGAAAAAUGUAUAUGAUUUUAACAUAAAAGUAAGUUAUUUAGAAAUUUAUAAUGAAGAAUUGUGUGAUUUAUUAAGUUCUACAAGUGAAACAAAUAAAUUAAAAAUUUAUGAAGAUACAACUAAUAAAAAUAAAGGAUUAAAUGUAGAUAAACUGGAAGAAAGAACUAUAAAUUCUUUUGAAGAAAUAUAUUAUAUAAUAUGUUCUGCUAUUAAAAAAAGAAGGACAGCUGAAACAUCUUAUAAUAAAAAAUCUAGUAGAAGUCAUUCAAUAUUUACAAUAACUUUAAUCAUGAAAGAUUUAAAUAGUGAUGGAGAAAGUAUAACAAAAAUAGGUAAAUUAAAUUUGGUUGAUUUAGCUGGAAGUGAAAAUGCAUUAAAAAGUUCAUUUGGUAAUUUAAAAAUAAGACAACAAGAAAGUUGUAAUAUUAACCAAUCUUUAUUAACUUUAGGUAGAGUAAUUAAUGCUUUAAUUGAAAAUUCAUCAUAUAUUCCAUAUAGAGAUUCAAAAUUAACUAGAUUAUUACAAGAUUCAUUAGGAGGAAAAACGAAAACAUUCAUAGUAGCAACGAUUUCUCCUUCUUCUUUAUGUAUUGAUGAAACGUUAAGUACUCUUGAUUAUGUUUUUAGAGCUAAAAAUAUUAAAAAUAAACCAGAAAUUAAUGUAAAAACUACUAAACAGUUGAAAAUAAAAGAUUUAAAUAACGAAAUUGAAAAAUUAAGAAAUGCUUUAAACUUAAGUAGAGAAAAAAGAGGUGUAUAUUUAGAUAAUGAAGAAUAUAAUAAUAUUCAAAAUUCUCUUAAAAAAAAUAAAGAAAUAAUUUUACAAAAAGAAAAAAUUCUUUUUGAAAAAAGUAAAAAAAUUAAAACAUUAUUAAGCAAAAUGGAUUAUACUGAUGAUAUGCAAAACCAAAUUAUAAAUUUAAUGAAAGAUGUUCUCUCUAAAUAUAAAAAUAUUCAAUCAUUACAUGAAAUUUUGAUAAACAAAAUGGUUGAAGAAAAAUACAUCACACAAUUUUUAAUCAAUGAACUUCAUAUUAUGGAAGAAAAGUAUUAUAAUAACAUAAAACAUUAUAGAGAAUCGCAAAAAAAAAUAUCUUCUUUUAUAAAUGAAAAUUUCGUUAAUUUAAAAAAAAAUAUCCAACAUGAUAAUUCAUCCAUAAAUGAAAUUUGUAAAAAUGUUAUUCAAAUAUUAGUAGACACAAAAAAACAUAUUUUAGAAAAUAAACAAUUAUUGAUUAAAUCAAUUAAGGGAUUUCAUAAAUUAAACAGUGAUUUAUAUUUUAAGAAAAAAGAUCUUAUUAAUUUUGUUUUAGAUCAUUUAGAUAUCAUUCAAAAAUAUGAUCAAAAUUAUAUAUUUAUAAUUGAAAAAAUUAAAAAAAAUAUAUUAACAUGCAAAAUUAAAUUAUUUACAAAUAAUCAUUUGUUAUCUUUACAUAAUUUUAAAAAUAAAGAAAUAACAUCAGAAUUUCUUUUUGGUGAUUAUUUUUCAGAAAAAAUAGAAAAUACAAUUUUAAAAAGAAACGAAAAUAUAUCUAGUAUAGAUAAAAAAGAGUCUAACGAAUAUGAGAAUAAUGAUCUAAAAACUUUAAAAAAUGAAAAAAAUAUUGAAAUUUCAUUAAAUGGUAUAAAAAAUGAUAAUGAAAUUGUUGAUUAUAAAUCAAAUGAAGUUUUAUCAAAUGAAGUUUUAUCAAAUGAAUGUGAUAAUUUAAAAUUAAAAUCAUCUCUUACAAAAAAUAAUUUAAUUAUUUUAAAAGAAUUAACAUUAAAUAAUGAAGGUAUUGAUAUAUUAGAAAAAAUUGACAAUUAUUUUUCAAUAGAUGAAAUAAAUACAGAAUCUUUAAUUGAAUGUAUUAAAAAUAUAAGUAAUUUAUUUCAUAUUUUUCUUAAAUCUUUCAAUUUUUAUUUUAAGAAGAAUAUAGAUGAAAAAACUAACCUUUUGAAUACAGAAAAAGAAAAUAUUGAAUAUCUCAUUGAAAAUUUUGAUAACGGUUAUAAAACACUUGAAGAAAAUCUAAGUAAUAAAAAAUGCAAAAUUAUAAAUAAUUAUAAGACAAAAAUAAAUGAAGAAAUACAAUUAUUCCAAGAUAAGGUUUUGGAAGAAAUAAAAAUUGUGAUAUCAAAAAAUGUUGAUAAUAUUAACAAAAAAAUUAACACUAAUUUAGAAUCAUUGAAUAAUGAACUAAACAAGGAAGCUAAAAGAGAUUAUAAAGAUUUUUUUAUGAGUUCAUUGAAAACAUUAAAAACUUUUUUAUGUGAUUAUAACGAAAAAACUAUAAAUUUUCAUAAAGAGUAUCACAAUUUAAAUGACGAAUUUUAUGAAAAAGUUGAAAAAUAUUAUUCAAUUUUAGAUGAUAUUUUAAUAGAUUUAAACAAAAAAUUUAUUGAUGAAGAAGGUCAAAUCAAAAAUAAUAUUAAAAAUAUUUUUAAUAUUUACAAUAAUUUAGUAGAUAAAAAUAAUAAAGCUAUUGAUAAGAUAGCAGAACAAUUUGAUCAUCAUACAAAUACUAAUAUAAAAGAAAAAGAGCAACUUUAUGAAAUUAUAUCAAAAAAAAUUCUACAAGAGAAAAAUGAAGUUUUAGAAGAAGAACAAGCAAAUAUUCACGCCUUAAAAUCAAAUGAAAAUAUAAAAAUAUACAACAACUUAUUUAUAGAAAAUAUAGAAAAGUGUAACAUACAUAUAAAUGAUUUAAUUGAAAAUCUAAAAAAAGAUUAUUUUCAAGAUGUUAAUAUCAUUUCAAAUGAUGAAAUAGAAAAUAAGGAAGAAAUGAAAAACAUAAAUGAAGAAAUUAAAAAAAUACGAAGUUCUAUUAAUUCAGAUUUUAUCAAUUUAAAUAAUGAUGGAGAAAAAAAUGAUUUUCAUUAUAGUGAUUAUGUAUAUAAUGAUAAUAAAUAUUUAGAAAUAAAAAAAAAUUUGCUAAAAGAAAUAGAAGAUAUUUCAUUUAGUAGAAAUAUCGAUUUUAAAUGUUUAUUUGAAAAAAUCAAUGAAAAUUUAAAUUUUAUUAUUAAGGCUAAUGAAUUUCCAAAAAGUAAAAAUUUAAGUGGUGAAUAUAUAUUUAACGUAAAUAGUUCUACCAAUUUAUAUAAUAACAAUUGUAAUAAUUCUUUUAAUGAAUACACAAAUAACCAAAAAACUAACAUGCAUAUAUCAAUAAAUAAUGAUUAUAAUUUCGAAAAUGAAAAAAUAAAAAAUUAUAAUGAUUUAAAUAAAAUAGAAACUGAAAAUGAAAAUACUAAUUAUCAAUACUUAAAAGAAGAUAAAAAUACAAGUUAUAACGAAAAUAUUAAUACAAAUGUAAAUCUUAUUAAUACGAAUGUAAAUUCUAUUAAUACAAAUGUAAAUCUUAUUAAUACAAGUGUAAAUUCUAUUAAUACAAAUGUAAAUUCUAUUAAUACAAGUGUAAAUUCUAUUAAUACAAGUGACAUUAAAUAUCCUACAACUAAAAUAAAAGUUAUUGAAAAUAGUAACACGAAAAAAAAUUCUCCCACAUUAAAAAGAUUAAAAGAAGAUAAUUAUAAAAAUAGAAAAUUUAAACUACCAAGAAGAUCAAAAAAUUAA